AGAGCGGGGCGGGGCGUUCGGGCCGACUCCUCCCCGGGCUCCCACCAGGUCCCGGAUCCCGCGAGCGCUGCUUUGUUCCUUGCCUUCGUCCGCCGGGCGUCCUCCGGCCGUGGCAGUUCCCGGCCAGACAUGUUGCCUGACUGCCUGUCGGCGGAGGGCGAGCGGCGUUGUCGGCAACUACUGACCCGGGCCACGGCCCGGCUCCGCGCGCGCCCUGCGGCAGCCGCUGUGCUCGUGCCUCUGUGCGUGGUGCGCGGGGUCCCGGCGCUGCUCUACACGUUGCGGUCCAGCCGCCUGUCCGGGAGGCACAAGGGGGACGUCAGUUUCCCAGGUGGCAAGUGUGACCCCACUGACCAGGAUGUGGUGGACACAGCCCUGAGGGAGACCCACGAGGAGCUGGGCCUGGCUGUGCCUGAGGACCACGUGUGGGGCAUCCUGCGCCCCUUGUAUGACCAGACGAUGAGCACCAUAGUGCCGGUGCUCGCCAGCGUGGGCCCACUGGAUCUCCAGAGCCUCAAGCCCAACCCCGAGGAGGUGGAGGAAGUGUUUGCCCUGCCCCUGGCCCACUUGCUGCAGGAGCAGAACCAGGGCUAUACCCACUUCUGCCGGGGUGGCCGCUUUGGCUACACAAUGCCAGUCUUCCUUCACGGGCCACACCGUGUCUGGGGGUUGACGGCUAUCAUCACCGAGUUCACCCUGCAGCUGCUGGCACCUGGCGCCUACCAGCCCCGCCUAGACUUCCCUGGAUUUCAGCCCAGGGACUGACAGCCUGGCCCUGAGCAGCCCUCACCUUCACCCUGCUAGGCCAGCUCCACUCCAGGACUGAAUAAAGAGCUUCACCACCUUUGAGGCAACAGUGUCUGCUGCACUGGCACCCUGACCUUGGGCAGACCCCAGGGACAGCUGGUCUCCCAGCUGGGGUGCCUCUGUCCGAGCACACGGUCACCCGCAGCAGUGGGCACUUACUGUGCCUGAGGUACUCAACAUCGUUUCUCUCACUGAACCCUCACCUCGGCCCUGCGAGGUGGGGCCAACACUGUCCCUGGCUGGUGAGACCGGGGCUCACCGAGGAUAGACCCCUUGCCCAAGGUCACCUCGUGCUGGGAUUCGAACCAGGCCCUCUCUGACUAGAGGCCAAACACUUAGCCACCACACCGUUCCCUCCUCCAUGUGCCG